GAUGAUCGUAGAGCGUGAGCACGGCAGGAAUGAUCGGUUAUCAAUGACCAGUUAAUCGAUAUCUGAUCCGAUUUCUGAUGUUUUCUAGGUGACCUUUCCGGUUGUUUGUGAGAACUACAAAACAAAAUGGAGUCCGUGAAAAAACGACUGGCUGAGUUUUCUCUGGAGGCUCACGACCUGUACCUGGGCGCCGCGGUGUCGUACCUGGACGAGCCUCCUGAGCCGCUGCUCUUCUACAGGGACUGGAUCGCUCCAAACAAGCCCUGCAUCAUCCGAAACGCCUUCAGCCAUUGGCCCGCCCUGUCCAGGUGGACGCCGCAGUACCUGAGGGAGAAGGUGGGGUCAAAGGUCAUCAGCGUGGCGGUGACUCCAAACGGCUACGCUGAUGCCGUUAACAGCGACCGCUUUGUGAUGCCGGAGGAGAGACAGAUGAACUUCUCUUCCGUACUCGAUGUCAUCGAGGGAAAGGUGCAGCAGAGCGGCGUGCUCUACGUUCAGAAACAGUGUUCAAACCUGCUGGAGGAGCUGCCCGAGCUCACGGACGACGUGGAGCCGCACGUGUCCUGGAUGAGCGCUGCGCUCGGUGAGUUCACACUACUGAGCAUGCUCAGUGCACAGCGCCGUCUGCACACACUAAAAAAGGCUUUUUACUGCCGUGAAACACACGGAGGAGAAAGCUCCCAACAGACAGCUUCCUAG